AUGGUCGCCGUGUGGGCCAUGAAGGAGCAGCGCAAUUUGCUGCGCUUUGCUGCAGCAGGAAUUCCCUGCCCGCUGCCAAUUGCAUGCAAAAGCAAUGUGCUGCUGAUGCAGUUCAUCGGCACCGCCACCUACCGCAGCAGCAGCAGCAGCAGCAGCACCAGCAACAGCAGCAGCAGCAACAGCAGCAGCAGCAGCAGCGGU